CUAAAGGGAUAUGAGAGUAUUUCGAUCGAAAUCUUGUCUGGAUCACCGUCAUUGUUUCCCGGGUCAUCGUUUAGCCCCCGAGCAUGUCCGCUGCACCUGAAACCCUAAUCAUUGACUCUACAGCCAUCUACAUCGCCGCUCUCAAUACCAUCAAUUGCCAAAAGCUAGCGUCUUCUUUUCGCCUCUGCCCUUUACCGUCGUCCACUAUCCCUCAGACGAAACGUAUUCCAAAAACUCGCUUCAUUGUUGAUGGCUUCAAACACGCCGGCGAUUUCUCCGUCUCGUACUUCCUCUCCCAUUUUAACUCCGAUCACUGUGCCGGCCUCUAUCCCAAUUGGAAAAGGGGCAUUAUUUUUUGCUCAUAUAUCACUGCUCGCCUCCUUGUCCAAGUCCUUCAAGUCCCGGCCCCUUUUGUGGUUUCUCUGCCUCUCUCAAAGCAGAUAUUAAUUGACGGCUGCGAAGUAUUUCUCGUGGAUGCUAACUAUUGCCCAGGAGCAGUUCAAUUCCUAUUCAAGAUACCUGUUCCUAAUAUUAAUGGAAAGUUUGAGCGAUAUGUUCAUGCAGGUGCUUUUCGGCAUCACGCUUCCAUGGAAUUAGAUCCUGCCCUAAGUACAUUUGUUGGUUCUGAUACUUUGUUUCUCGAUGCUACGUAUUAUAAUCCGAAAUAUGUGUUACCCAGUAAAGAGGUGGCGAUUGAUUACAUAAUUCGCAUUAUAGAGUCGAAUGGGGUUGAGAAAGAAGCCUCACCUAAGAGUGUUCUGUUUCUCCUUUCAACCUAUGGUAUUGGGAAAGAGAAGAUAUUGAUAGAUAUUGCACAAAGAUGUAAGAGGAAGGUCUGUGUGAAAAGUCGGAAAGUGUUGGGCCUGAGAGACUUGGGUCAUGGGGAUGAAGUGUUUACAGAAGAUGAAUCCACGACUGAUAUUCAUGUUGUGAGUUGCGAUGAAUUGGGUGAAACAUGGCCUCUUUUUAGGCCUAAUUUUGUGAGAGUGCAGGAUAUUAUGAAAGAGAAGAAGUUUUCAAAACUUGUGGGCUUUGUUCCAACUUGCUGGAGCUACAAUGUAGAGGGGAGUAAGUUUUCAGUGAGGAAGAAAGACUCCCUUGAAAUACAUCUUGUGCCAUAUAGUGAACAUUCAAACUAUGAUGAGCUUAGAGAAUAUGUGAAGUUUUUAAAACCAAAGUGUGUUAUUCCUACCUUAGGUCUAGAUGUUGAGAAGCUCGAUAGAAAAUGUGCUAAUGCUAGGAAUACAAAUUUUGUGGGGUUGGUUGAUGAAAUGGAUGUUAAACAAGAUUCUCAUUGUGUGUUGCAAGGAGUGGAUGCGAAUAUUGUGAAAGGUUCUGCUUAUGAUGUAAGGAUACUGGAGCUACAGAUUGAGGCUUCUUCAUCAGAUGCCAAAGAAAGUAAAGAUGAUAAUAUGGAGAAUAUCGACACUUCGCAUGCACAGAAAGAAUCUAAUUUACUUAUUUCGGGUUUUAUGGAUGAUGAUGCCAUGGAGGAAUCUAUACAAGAACUUCAAGUAAUUUUGCCAUCUUGGGUCAUUCGAGCACAGAUGCUGUAUUUGCUCAGAAUUACAGACAGAAGUCUAGUUGAUGCAGUUUCUCAUUUUUAUGAGCAUGAAACUGAAUUUCAGGAACAGGUAAGUACUAGCAAGUCUAGUGCAUCCUUAUCCCAAGAAAUAUGUAAGAUUGAUUUUUCAUUACCUUCCAAACUUGUACAGAGUGAAUUACCACUUUCAGAGCCAUGGCCUAUUAAGAACAUUGGAAGAAAUGAAAUUGUAUCUCUGAGUCAAAGUCCUGGUAAAAAAUAUAAAUCUAUUAGUAAGAAGAAGUCGGGUGCCAGUAGUAAUUCUUCUAGUAAGAUAAAGAGCAAUACAAUAUCCAAAUCCUCUAAAAGAGCAAAACUGAAUUCUAAGAUGGAUUCUAGUGGAUCAAAGCAAUGCACCAUAACAAACUUCUUCAGAAAAGUAGGGGCUUGUGACUCCAAAACAGAAAGUGUUCGUAACCAGAAUUGAGUAUUGCCAAAACAGUGAAUGCAACCAGCCAACCACAAAACCAUAUAGAGAUGAGAUAUAUGACUUUAUUUAAAUUGUUAAUGGAAGUGAGUCAUUAGAAAGCCAUGCUGCUAGUAUACUUAAAGGCCAAACGAGACAUCAGUAGGGCAUGUGCAUUGGAUAUAUUCUUUAACCAUGCGAUUGUGAAACAAGAAGUCCAAGAUGGUAUUGUUUUGUGGGUCAAAUAUCAUUGGGUUCCAAAGAUGCAUUCUUUUCAAGAUUCAAAGCCUUCCAAACAAAGCUGGUGCUGAUGGUUACUUUCCUUUGAAUGGCAUUAUUGGAGAACAUUGCUGAAAAUGAUAUCUCCCUCCAAAAUAGGUUCGGCUGUCAAACAUGCAAGUGGCUUUCCUCUUCCAGUCUUCCUUCCAUUCUCAGCUUCCUGGAGUGGACACAUACUUUUGAACUCGUUGAGGAGGAAAGAGGAAAGAGAAAAGGUCUGCCAUGUAAGGCUGUGUCUAUCUUCUCCCAAAGCCAAAGCGAUUUCACGCCCAGAAGCGAGAGACGAUUGUAAUAUACGGAGAAUAUUUCCAAUUGCUGCAGCGCAAUAGCCUAUAUUUCAAUCUGGACAGCGCAAUAGCCUAUGUUUCUUCGAUUCUGGAACGACGACACACCCAAACUCCGGAGCUAGGUAUUUAUUCUAAAAAAUAUUCAAGAUGUACCUUUCUAGUUCACCUUCACUGAAAACAUGAUAAUAUCUGUUAUACACCACAGCACCCUUCUUGUCAUCUUUCUUUGCUAGUCCACUCCCAACGGCAGAAGCAGAAUCAUGAAUGAUUCUGGAUAAGCAGCAUUUAUACAAAAUUUGCCUUCUAGACUUUCCUCUGAACUUUUCUAAAAGUUUCCGGUGGAGGUUGGUUCUUGGAAUCAAUGUCUUGAAACCGAUGGAAAAGUUUGGAAUUGUAGGCAGCUCACCCUUGAAGACCUUAAGCUGAGAAACAUGACUUACGGCAUGAAAAUUGACCUGGGAUGAGAUUCCAUACUAUUUGCUACUCUUCCCUUGCAGGUGCUGGUUUGGGGAGGCCCAAUAAACUUUGGUCCCCUCAUCUCAAGACUUGUUUGUUACACACUACUCUAUUUUAGGAUUGUAAUUUAAGUCAAGCCCAAUCUCUACAUACAAAAUCCUUGUCAGAUCUAUGUGAAUUGGCUAGCUGCUACAACCCUUAUUUGGUAGUAUCGAAUUCCUAAAGCCCUCCUUCUAAAUACAUCUUUCCAAACUUCAGUAGGAACUUGCAAAGGUUGAACUAGUCCAAGGUAGGCCGAGUCACCAUCCCUGUACUCGUGACAAUCUGAGUUUUUGUUAAAUUAAAUAGCUGCCUCUAUUUAUUUGAUCCAGUAUGUAUUAGUUUUUCCUCUGAUUUAGCAACUUCAGCCCCCUCUACAACUAGUUCAGCCCUCUUCUUAACGUAUUUUUGACCCCUCUCAAAGGCCUUGUGAUCAUAACAUCAUAGUCCACUUGCAACUAGAAUACUCUUGGUAUUAACCACACUUGCAGCAGGCUUAAACGUGGCUCCGACCUCAUUUGGUAUGAACCUUUCUAUGGAUAAACUAACAGAUUUAAUAUGAAGAGAGCCUCUAUGCCUGUCAGAUACUAGCUUAACCAGCCUGCCUUGCUCUUCUAUUUCAUCUGGAAUAACCCUAAGUGUUGGGAGUAAGGCCUUACUGAUGUUGAAUAUUGGCUUAAUUUGUCUUGUUUCCUCUUGGCCACUAGCAUACUCCUCAGUUUUGCAUAGGAUCCAGGGUUAAAGGUCCCUAUAUUGGCCUUACGACGGGGCUUGAAUCCUCUUACAACACUGUCCAAAAUUUAAUCCCCCGUUAGUGAUUGACUCUUCAGCGUCAUAACAGCUUUCGGUUUUUCACACUUGCCAACAUCCUCCACGCUUUCUAUUUGCUGGUUUUUGAACCUAGAACAUAUCUGAACCUAGAAUUUAGAUCUUCCACAAAAUCCUCCCAAUUAAAGCUAUGUUUUGAUCCUUGAUUAUCUCUGAAUGUAGAACUCAGACCUACCACAAAAUCCUCCAAAUUGAUGUUAGGUCUACCCAUCGCAUAACUAUCGAACCAUAAUUUGGCUUUUCCAAUCAUAUCCACAAAAGUUAAAUGUUUUUUUAAUGAAUAUAAUUUAUUAAG